AUGGGCGAAUACUUGUCUCCCUCUGCUUCUACGCAAGCCAACGGCGUAGACUCCAUGACCGAAAACGAUCCCUUCCACGUGUUGAUCGCCGGCGGCGGAGUGGUUGGUCUUACCAUCGCACAAGGGUGCCGAGAGAAUGGCAUUCCCUUCACCAUUUUCGAGAGGGACGCGUAUGACGGAGAGCGAAGUCAGGGUUGGGCGCUCACUCUACACUGGUGCUUGGACCAAAUGGAGAAGACAAUCGGCCCAGAAAGGGCAGAUAGUCUGCCGAGUGCCCAAGUCACUACCUUGGACGGUGACGACAAGGGAAACUUCCUGUUCCUGGACGCUCGAAACUGUGAAGCCAAAUACCGAAUUCCACCGACCAAGAGACGGUUACGGCUGCACAGGCAGAAAUUGCGGGACGUCUUAGUCUCCGGUCUCGACCUUCAGCAAGGCAAGAAGCUGGCCUCGUUUGAGACUCCAGCAGAGGGGGGUGUGAUUGCCACAUUCGCCGACGGCAGCGUGGCUAAAGGCUCUAUACUCAUUGGCGCCGAUGGGAACAACUCAAAUGUGCGAAGGAGCAUGGGCAUGGCCAACCCAAGCCUCAACAAGCUCCCUGUCAACCUGGUGGGUGUGGUGCGAGAUUUCACUGCCGAACAAGCAGCUCCUAUUCUCGAACUCGACCCUCUGCUCUUCCAGGCCUUGGAUCCCGACACGGGCAACUAUCUGUGGUUCUCUUUUCAGGAGGCCAACGACCAUCCCGACGGGACCAAGUCAUACAAAGCACUUGUCCUGGUCUCGUGGUUGGCCAAGGAUCCCGUCAAGGAUGCCAUUCCAGAAACCCAUGCCGAGAGAAUCGCUGUGAUGAAAAAACGGGCGGCCAACUUCGGCGAACCCUUGAGGAGUGCUGUGUUCGAUAUUCCCGAUGACCUGGGAUUCACGACCCGACUGCAAUUGGCAGACUUCCCGCCUGAGCCAUGGGACAAUUUUGAUGGACGAGUCACGUUGGCAGGAGAUGCCGCACACGCCAUGACAAUGUAUCGUGGAGAGGGUGCCAAUCACGGAAUCCUCGACGCUGCUCUUCUAGUAGACCAGUUGAAAGCCGUGCAUCAGGGCAAGGUCUCGCUGAAGGAAGCCAUCACAAAGUAUGAAGAAGAGAUGAUACCGAGAACUCGUCGUGCUGUCUUGAAAAGCCGGCGAGCCGCGUUGGAUGCCCAUGAAUGGGACAAGGUCAACGACGACUCACCUUGCGUUGGUGCUCGAGAAACCCCAGAAAGCGCGAUCGUCGCAGCGAACUAG